AUGUCCAGUACCACCGAAGACCCCAUCAAACUCACAUACCAAGGCCGUCUGGCAAUAAUCACCCUCAACCGGCCCAAGAAACUCAAUGCCCUAGACGGAGACCUCUACUACCUCCUCGGCGAACGUCUCCGCGAAGUAGACAAGCGCGAUGACAUCUACAUCACCAUUCUUACAGGUUCAGGACGUUACUUCUCCGCCGGCGCGGACGUAAACUCCUCCCGCCCCGGCGGGGGCCUCGGCACCUCCGCACGACGAGACCUCGCCCGAUCCUUCGUAAUAAACAACUACGACAUCACACACACGUUCGCGCACCACUCGAAGAUCCUCAUCGCGGCACUGAACGGCCCCGCCGUCGGACUCUCCGCGGCCCUCAUUGCCCUCGCGGACUUCAUCUACGCCGCGCCGCACACCUUCCUCCUCACGCCGUUCGCCUCGCUGGGUCUUGUAGCGGAGGGCGGGUCGUCGCGGGCGUUCGUGGAAAGGUUGGGCAUCGCGAAGGCCAACGAGGCGCUUAUUAUGAGUAAGCGGAUUACGUGUGAGGAGUUGGUGGCCACGGGGUUCGUGAAUAAGGUGUUUACGGCGCCGAGUGGGAAGAGUGAUGAUAGUGAGGGGUUUCUGGGCUUGGUGUUGCAGGAGGUGGAGGAGAGGUUGGGCUUGCAUUUGAAUCAGGAGAGUUUGCUGAAGAUUAAGGAGUUGAUUAGACGGCCCGAGAGGGAGGUGUUGGAUCGUCAGAAUGGGUUGGAGGUUUUUGCGGGGCUUGAGAGGUUUCUGAGUGGUGUGCCGCAGGAGGAGUUUAGGAGGUUGGCGAGUGGGGAGAAGAAGCAUAAGUUGUGA